UAAACAAUCAGAAACAUUAACAUAACACUCACAAAGUUAGUAAAGGGCCCCAAUCAUUGCAGAUCAUUUGUGUUAGACUCCAGAAUGACGACGACUGUUGUAUCGAAAGAACUACUGCCGGAAACCGCCGCGAACGUCACCAGAUUCAUCACGCACUGCGGCGGCGGCCCCGAAGUUUCAGAGAAGUACGAAGGCGAGGGUUUCAGUUCCGAUUUAAUUCGCAGCGUACUUAAAGUUCAGCAUAUUCAUCGCGGCCGUGUAACCUGCAUCCUCACCGUCAAACCCUACGUCUGCAACGCUUAUAACACGUUUCAUGGGGGAGCAGUUGGAUCGAUAGCAGAGAUGGUGGCCAUAGCGUGUGCUAGAACUGUGGUCAAGACAGAUAAAGAGCUUUUUCUUGGUGAAUUAAGCAUCUCUUAUCUCGCUGCAGCUGUUAGCCAAGCAGAAGUGAUCGUUGAUGCAUCUAUAGUAAGGAGUGGGAGGAACUUGACAGUCGUUGCCAUAGAGUUCAAGCUAAAGGAUUCAGAAAGAUUAAAUUAUUUGUGCCGUGCUACCUUCUAUAACAUGCCUGUUGCGAGCUUGUGAGAUGUGAGGCAGGUUCAGAUAGUUUCUUUUCAGUUAACCUGCAUUGGUUCAUAUAAUAAAUACAUCUUCAUUUAUGUUGUUAAGCCAAUCUUGAUGCAUGGAAGGUAUGUACUGCAGUUGUAUAUGUAAUAUAUAUGCUUUAUACUGUAUGUAGAUGGGUCAAAGGUAUGUACUGCAGUCGUAUACACAGUCCCAUAAUCAUGAUAAUCGGAAUAUUUAACAACCUAAA